UGAAUAAAGUAAUUAAAUAUAUAGCAGUAUAAUAUAGAGAUUUAAGCAAGUAAGAAAAGAGGGAAAUAAAAAGUCCAUAAACUCCUUUCUCGUUAAAGGAAAUGGACGUGCGGCCACCGGAGCACUCGUCGCCGGAACUACCGCCGUUGAUAUUGCCGGCACCGCCGUUUCAAUCCCUUAACACCGUCCUUAUCUCCGCCUCUCUCCAUCGACGAUUCCAGAUCGAUAUGUAUUAUCUUCUAUUAACUUCCGGCGAAACUAAGACACUUACAUGGGAUGGGAAAGUGAGGUUGAAUAUGAUCGGAGAUCCAUCGUUGGGCGGAGGAGAGAUUGGUGAGAUGUGUGAUAUGGUCACUAGGGAUAGACGGCGACGGCCAGAGAUGGUGGCUUUGAAGAAGACGGAGGAAAAGGAAGAUGGAAGAAGAGUGUUCACACAGGGACAAAAUUGUCCUAAAUACAGAAAAUACGGAAAAUAUCAACUCUUUUUUUUGUUGCAUGUUAGAAAUUUAAUUUAAGUUUUUUUUUUUUUUGGUUAUUCUUGCAAAUUUUCCUGUAUCCAUCUUAAUUAUGUCAUAAACUUUAGACAUUGAUUUUGAUGGCCAUAUAUAUAUUAGAUGGACACAGUAAAUUAUAUUCAUAAUUUAACUUUCUAAUUGAACUAUUAUAAUGAAAAAUACAACACUAAUUACAUAUCAGCAAGUCGUACCUUAAUUUUACUUGUUGAAUUUGGGCUUAAAGUGGCCCAGAGUUGUUGACACAAUUGCAUUCACAUUAAUAAUUUUUCUCCGAUCAUCGGAAAACGCAGUAAUCGAGAUGCAGAAGCUCAACGACUUCUUCUCUGGUGGCGGAGACGGCGAAGAAACAACCGAUAGUUUCCUUGAAGAAGGAUCGGAGGGUCUCUGUGCUCUCUCCACUACCCAGAGAAUGUACGGAUUCGCCGCAUCUUUAGCCACUGGUUUGCUGCUUAUGUUCCUGUCGAUGAUUGUAUUUGGUAUCCCCAUCAAAUUUGCAUUGCUCUUCACAUUUGGAAAUGUUCUAGCUAUUGGAAGCACAGCUUUCCUCAUGGGACCUGAGCAACAGAUGAAUAUGAUGUUUGACCCUGUUCGUUUCUUAGCUACGUCCAUUUAUAUCGGAUGUGUCGUUGUUGCACUCAUUUGUGCUCUCCUGAUCCACAGCAAAAUUUUAACCGUCCUUGCGAUCCUAUGCGAGAUUUGUGCACUAAUAUGGUACAGCCUCAGUUAUAUUCCAUUCGCACGGAGAAUGGUCUCUGAAAUAAUGAUCCGUCUCUGCGACACCGAGCUAUAGUCAGUCAUCUGGCAGCAAGAUACAAAGCACAUAAAUUGUUUUAUACUGGUCUCAAGAACUUGAGAUCUGAUUUUUUCUUAAAACGAAAUUUGUUUGUUUGUUGACCUGGUCGUGUGAGCAGAAGUAAAACAGAAUGAGCUUGUUUUAUUGGGGUCGUGAAGCUCUUGUGUGUAUUUUGUUGCUUCAAGCUCUUUUGUUGCUUCAGUCUUUAACGUUGUUUGGCAUUUUGUGUGAUCAAAUACAAAGAUUUUUUUUAUUCAAAUAACAUCUUAGAGUUCUGAAUC